AUGUUCAGCAUUCAGAGACUCGUCUCUGCCCUCCUCCUCGCCGGAGUGGCUCUGGCCUUCUUCGCGCAGACCGCUGAGGCUGCCAAGGGCCCCAAGAUCACCCACAAGGUCUACUUCGACAUCACCCACGGCGAUGAGCCCCUCGGCCGCAUCACCAUGGGUCUGUACGGAAAGACUGUCCCCAAGACCGCUGAGAACUUCCGCGCUCUCGCCACCGGCGAGAAGGGCUUCGGCUACGAGGGCUCUACCUUCCACCGCGUUAUCAAGCAGUUCAUGAUCCAGGGUGGUGACUUCACCAAGGGCGAUGGCACUGGUGGCAAGUCCAUCUACGGCGAGAAGUUCCCCGAUGAGAACUUCAAGCUUAAGCACUCCAAGAAGGGUCUCCUGUCCAUGGCCAACGCCGGCAAGGACACCAACGGCUCCCAGUUCUUCAUCACCACCGUCAUCACCUCUUGGCUCGAUGGCCGUCACGUCGUCUUCGGCGAGGUCCUCGAGGGCUUCGACGUCGUCGAGAAGAUCGAGCAGGCCCAGACCCAGCCCGGCGACCGCCCCGCCAAGACGAUCAAGAUCGCAAAGAGCGGAGAGCUGGAGGUGCCCCCUGAAGGCGAAUACGGCACUAGCGAGUGGGCGUCAGGCUACUCCAACGAGGAUACGCCGCUGGAGGUGGGCUCCGGCGAGGGCUGGUCCCUAAUCCAGAAGGGUCUCUUCGGUGGUGUUGUUGUUGCUGCGAUCGUCGCCUACAUCAAGUUCAGCAAGUCCAGGGCCGCAAGAGAUGUCGGCUACGAGAAGACCAUGGCGUAA